AUGGUGACCGAAUCUGAAGCCCGCGACCUCUACGCAUCGACACUACACUUCGAUGGCCUCAACAUCUGCAAUUUCUCGCGCGAGAUCUUCGAAGCCUGGCGCGCUGGUGGUAUUGAUGGCGUGAGCUGCACGUGCGGGCUCUGGGAAGGAUUCAGAGCCUCCAUCGCCAAUGUCGUACAAUGGAAGAAAUGGUUUGAAGACCAUUCCGAUCUGAUCAUGCAAGUGCAUACCGUUGCCGACAUACGAAAAGCGAAAGAGCUUGGGAAAACAGCUGUGCUGCUAAGCUGGCAGAACACUGCGGGCAUUGAAGACCAGCUGGACUAUUUGCGUGUGUUUCGGGACUUAGGGGUACGGAAGAUGCAGCUGACGUAUAACACGCAAAAUUACUCUGGCGCAGGCUACACGGAAAUCAACGACAGUGGCUUGACGGGAUUUGGGAGGGAAGUUGUCAGUGAGAUGGCAAAGCUGGGCAUAGUGUGCGAUCUUAGCCACGUCGGUCCAAAAACUACACGGGACGUUAUUGAGUUUGCUCCUGAAGGCAAGCCACCGUGUUUCUCGCACGUUCUCCCAGGAGGCAUGAAAGAGCACAAUCGCAACAAGAGCGACGAGCUAAUCAAACUGCUCGGCUCGAAGGGAGGCUUUGUAGGGUUGAGUCAAUUUGGCCCGCAUAUGAAGAAAGGAAACGACAGCACCAUCGACGACUAUGUCGAGGCGCUAGAGUACGUCAUCGGAUUGAUCGGAGAGGAUUUAGUCGGAGUCGGAAGCGACAGUAGUGAGGGCCACAGUCGACCCAGCGAGUUCAUGGCGUGGUGUAACAAGGAUAAAGGCUAUGCUCGCCAGUUGACGCCAUGGGGUAGCCAGAAGGUCGUGAAGCCGUUAGGAAAGCUUGAAGACAGGGCUGAGUUGGGUUUGGCCAUGGCAAGGAGAGGCUGGACUGAAGAGAGAAUGAAGAAGGUACUAGGCGAGAACUGGUUGCGAUACCUGGCGCAGAUACUAGGCAGCUAG